AUGCAGCAGAACUGCGGGAGCAUCCGUCGACGGAAAGAGAUGCGUACCCAGUCGACCAAACCUGUUGUUAACUCGACUUCCUCUUUUGAGAGAAACACUUCGCAACCAUGGCAUAGUUCUACCACCUCAGAUGCAUCGGUCAAGGUUGCGUCAAGAGAUGGAAGUCCAGCAAAGUCGUUAUCACUCUUUCAUUCUACCAUUCCAGAGGAGCUCGCGGGACAUUUACGAGCUAUGAUGCCUGGGCAGACUGGAGUGGAAUUGUCAGGCGAAGAGCUGGCAGAGAACUUCCUCGAAGCAUUAGAUUUACCUCCGGUUACUAAGCAGUCGUUAAGUGAGCUGGACAUUCAGAGUAUCAUCACCAACAUCAAGCUGCGGCAUGAUGUCAACUUCGACAGAGACCUGAGCUUCAGACCGAAUGUCGAUGGUGUCAAAGGGCAAGAGAAGGAGAAAGUAGCGGACAAAUAUUGGGGAGCAUUGAUCGCCGAGUUGGUACUGUACAACCGUAUGUUCCAUGGAACGCCACCACUAUCAGCGAUUCAAGUGGAAGCUUUCACUCCCUAUGCGCAACGACGGAUACCGAUCCUAUUCCAGAACGUUCGAGACGUUCUCAAGAGUCUGGUACCCGACCGAGAUCAUUCCAGAGUGGACGAGCAUCUAGAUGUUCCCAUGUUGAUGCAAGCUAUCGAGCGAGGAGUGUGUGAUUUGGGACGGCUGGCAGAGUGGAUGGCGCAACUACUCAAGGAACAUUGCGCGCCGAUGCGCGAUGUCUUGGUUGACGAGAUGGUCACUUGCACGAGACUGGGUGAGGCAGAUCGUAAUCUCGAAAAGAUCGUCGAAGGAUUGCGAAAGCUGUUUGGCAUAUUGGAGGCUAUGAAACUUGACGUAGCGAACCAUCAGAUCCGCAAUCUGAAGACUCUUCUGAUUGAGGACACGAUCAACUUUGAGAAGCACUACCAUCUCGAUAGACUUGUGCAUGGCAGAGCAAGAGUCAACAUCAACACGGCACAAAACUGGUUCACAAACGCAGUUGAUGAGUUUGGUCCGCAGUGUUCGCCCCGACCCCGAGCUGGACCAUGUUUUGAGCUAGAGGUCUUUACUCGCGCGGUAGUGGCAAUCUCAUUCGGCAGGGACGGCCGGAGUGACUUCCCCGAAACCUUCUUCCUGGACCACGAUCGACUAGUGAUACUCAAAGCCGAGGUUGACGAUCUUGUCAUGUUUGAGGUCUGCAUGGAGAUGUACGUGACGCUCGCAAGACAGCUAGGGUACCAAGGACCCAUGACUAUGGCCAUCGGACAGCAGCUUCGCACCGCUCUCUCCGCCAUCAUGGGUGAGGCUGCGGGUCAUGGUCCCCAACAGUGGAUGAUGAACUCUGAAGCUCUCUCGCUUGAGAUUCUGCGCCAAGCUUCACAUCUCGCCGGACAAACACCCGGGUGCAGUUUCGAUCGCAUGGCUGAAUCUAAUCAAUGCCUCCGUCUCAUGUUCGUCCGCAAAUCUGCCUGGCACGCAUCGCGUCUCGAGGCGUCACUCCUACCACAGAUCCUUGCCAAUGUCGACCGCCACAGUUCCUCAUCGCCCAUCGAACUCUUCAACAGCCUUGUAUCCACAUCUCAUUCCAUGCCGCAACUUCCAACACUUUCACGACCUACCAUCUCCGAUACGUUUGCUUUCGCCCAUCUACACCCCGAGACCGCGAAACUGACCGACCUCGCUAACCGCAUCACACACAUCAUACUACUUCACUGGCGCGUGUGGGGCCCUAUCGCAUACGUCCAAGAAGACGAAUCGCAACACCUUUCCCUUGAUGGAGGCGUGAUGCCAUCCGCAGUAUCACAAACUCAGUCACGACAAGCGCCAUCAAACGCCGAACAGGAAGCUUCCCUCCCUACAAGCAUGAGGACAGGCGAGCCACUAGAAUCAGGCCAAGACACGCACAUCACACACCAAUCACUUCCCCAAUAA